AUAAAAAUUUUCCAUUUUAACCAUUUUUAAGUAUACAGGUUAGUGUCAUUAAGUACAUUCAAAAUGCUGUGCGAUCAUCACUACCGUCCGUUUUCCAACUUUGUCAUCUUCCCAAACUGCAUUGCUGUGCGGUUAACACUAACCCUCAUUCUCCCAGUUAACACUAACCUUCAUUCUGCCCUCCCCGACCCCUGGCAGCCACCAUUCUACUUUCUGCCUCCGUGAGUCCGACUGUUCCAGGUCGCUCCUACGAGUGGAAUCAUACAAUAUUUAUCCUUUUGAGUCUAGUUUAUUUCACUUAUAUAAUAUCUUCAGAGUAGCAUAUGUGAGAAUUUCAUUUUUUCAAAGGCUGAAUAAUAUUUCAUGGUAUGUGUAUAUCAGAUAUUGUUUAUCCAUUAAUGGUGGUUUGAGUUGUGUCUACCUUUUUGGCUAUUGUGAAUAAUGCUGCUAUGAACAAUGUAUAGAAAUACCUGUUGGAGUCCCUGCUUUAAAUUCUUUUGGUAGAUACCUAAGAGUGGAAUUGGUCAGUCAUAUGGUAAUUCUGUGUUUAAUUUUUUGAGGACACCAUACUGUUUUUCUGGAGCAGGUGAUUUUUGAUGGAAGUGUCAUUCCAGAGAAACCUAUAUAUGCCCUUGUAAACAUGUCCAAAUUUGAAGGUCUCUAGAGGUAUCCAUGAGAUGUAUCAAUGUCACUGCAGCAGGUUUUUGGUUUGUUUUGAUUUUUUGUGUUUUUGUUUUUACCAUCUUACCAUUUCGUGGUUCAGCAGAAAAGCUGAUGGGCAGGGGAUUGUGAAGAAUCCCGUGUUGCCCAUAUGGUGGCCUUCAUUACUGGGUAGUGUGUUCCUUAUGAGACUGCUGGUCGUCAGGCAUGCCCAGGGCAGAAAACUCGAGAGCCUGUGGCUUACUGUACAUAGGCAGGAAUUCAACAACAGUUUUUGAGUAGCCAGAGAAUCCAGAGCACAUAAAUGACAGAUGGAAAUUUAAUCUUGAAAGAACAUAUUAGCAAGUGGAAAUGGUAUGCAAACUGGUAAACAGGAGCGGGUGAGGAGGAGGGGGAAAUAUGACGUGAAUGCAUCGUGAAUGCAUUGUGAAUGUAUGGUGUUAAUCAUGAACUAGAUUCUGAUCCACAGCACAGGGACUGAACAUGGUUUAUAAAUGAAGAGCAAGGUUUUUGUUUUGCGCAAAGACCCAGAGUAAGUGAAGUGAUUUUAGUGAGAGAAAGCAUAAAUCCAUACGUAAAAUUAGGGGAGAGAUACAGGCGGGAAACCUGAGAUGCUGCUUACACAUUGAGCAGAGGAAGAGACUCAUUCCAAAUAUUGAUGACUGGAUUCUUCAAUUCCUUGCAUAAUUUUUUUAGAGCUUCUCACUUACGUUAAUGAAUACAUCUCGUAUGUAAGCAGGUGGUACUUGUAUAACAUUACACUAUUACAAUAUGUUGUGUCUUUAAGCAGUAGUCUUGGAAAUCUUUCAACUGUGGGUAGCCAGAUAAUGACAAUGUCAAAUUUAUUUUGGCUGUGACUGAAUAUACAUACUGUUUCAGCAAUUGCUGUCAGAGAGAUUGGGCUCAUGCUGUAGGUGAAGGCAGUGUUGGGCGAGAGUAUGAUUUGCUGCAAAUAAGAAGGGAAAGGCAUUUUAUAAUUCCAGCUGGGAUCAAAGAAAAAUUGUGUAUGUUUACUUUAUGAAUGUAUGACAGUGAAGUUACAGAAGAAAAUGGUGCUUCUCGAUGACCCGAUACUGAAGAGUGAGCUAGUGAAUAGCUGGAUACUCUUGAAUGUUUUAAUGGAUAUUGUGACCUAGUGCUAUCGUGCAGCAGUUACUGCUGGUGCUAGUGUUGGUUUAAAUCUUUGAAUUCAUCUCUUCAGGUGUGCUACUGGAAAUUUUAUUCCAAUGAACUCAUAAAUACAAAGGUUGGAAUUACAUCCUUACGUAGUCUUUCUCUGGAGAGUUGUAAAGUACUCAUAAGUGUCAAAUAGUUUUAUGAACCUAGAAAUAAUUGGUUUAAUUUUUAAAUGUGUUACGUGUGCGUGUACUCUGGUCGUAUAGUACUCAACAUAUAGCUCCUAACCCUGCGAGAUGGUUUUAGAACGUUGCUUGUUUCCUUGGAGAUGCAGAAAAGACGCAUUAGUUUUUCUGCUUAAUAAAUCAAAUAGCUAACGUUUGAUCAUGAAAAAUAAAGAACUCUCAACAUUGUCCUCUAUGAUAAUUCUGAGUAUACCGGAUAAUAAGAAACUGAUCUAAGGACAUUAAAAAAUACUCUAUAAAAAUUGUUUCUACUUGAUUGUAUAUAUUUUUUAAAUGGUGAAAUAACCAAUAUACAUGUGAAAAUAUACAUAUACCAUGGCAGCCACCAUUCUACUUUCAGUCUCCAUGAGUCCGACUGUUCCAGGUCGCUCCUAUGAGUGGAAUCAUGUGGGACUUUUUGCAUACUACCAAUAAAUAAAUACAUCCACACAUGUAUAAGAAAGCUGACUGUUACAUUGGACAAAAUAAUCAUUGAGGCACUUCCAAGUCUAAAAUUUUGGUUCUGACUAAUAAGGGGAGUAUUUCAGGACAUGAAUCUCUAGUUGCCAUUCGCCUUGAUCAUAGACAACCAUUAUGUGGAAAGUAGGCAGAUCUUUGUUGAGGGUGUUGAUCCACUGUAGACUUACAUGGUUCUAAGGAGUCAGUCAUGGCCUUGCUGGUCUUUCCUCAAGAAGGGCAUCUGGAAUUGGAAAGGAAGGGGGUGGGAGCUGAAAAGAUUCAGUGACUAUAGGAACUUGGAGUUGAGUUGUAGCCAUGUGUAGAAAAGGAAGGACCCAUACAACUGUAUCUAAACAGGAGAAGUAAACUUAAACCUGCUCUCAGAUCUGCACAGCUUGCUGGCACUGGGAGCCUCUUCUAUUUUAAUCUGAGACAGGGAUUAUAGGAUUCCAUUGAGUAAGCUUUGAAAUGAGGACACUAAGAUCAGGGGACCAGCCCUGAGAUCAGAUUUCCGUAUUUAUCUACAUUGCUUAGUGCUAGUCAGUGAUUCCGAAAUUGUCCUUCCCUUUGCCAAGAUGAAAGUGGCAGUGAGUUUUCCAAGGCCAUCAUUAUGAGGUGAUGUCUUUAUUCCUUUUUCAGAACCGAUAGAUUGAAAGACCCACACAUUGCUAAUGAUUUAAAUACAAACUUUCAGUAAAUGUUUACCCAGCCUUCAAUUAGAUAAGUUAGAUUUUGCACCAUCUGUUUCUGUCGGGUGGAGCUGCUUAGCUAUUUAGAGCAAUGAUUUGGUCAUCAAAUUGCUACAGAAAUGAUGUUGAAUGCCACCACGUGUGACAACAUGGAUGAACCUGGAAGACAUUGGGCUAAAUGAGAAAAAGCGAGUCACAGAAGGACAGAUACUGCAUUAUUCUACUUGUAUGAGUGUCCAUGGAAAACACUGGUGAACAAGUUGUGUGCCUGAUGGCCUAUCAUCUACUUUUUGGAAUGUUUGUCUGGUCAUACUGGAAAACUAUCUUUACAUUACCAAUGAAUCCUUCAAAAGAAUUCCAUCUCUCUUAUGCAGAGAAAGAAUUGUUAGAGAGAGAGCCAAGAGGAGAAGCCCAUCAGGAAGUUCUUAGGCGAGCAGCCAAGGAUCUUCCCAUCUAUACCAGGACCAUGUCUGGAGCCAUCCGAUACUGUGACAGAUGCCAACUUAUAAAACCAGAUCGCUGCCAUCACUGCUCCGUCUGUGAUAAAUGUAUUUUGAAGAUGGAUCAUCAUUGCCCAUGGGUGAACAAUUGUGUUGGAUUUUCAAAUUAUAAGUUCUUUCUCCUUUUCUUGGCUUAUUCUCUGCUCUACUGCCUUUUUAUUGCGGCAACAGAUUUACAGUAUUUUAUCAAAUUUUGGACAAAUGGCCUACCUGAUACUCAAGCCAAGUUCCAUAUUAUGUUUUUAUUCUUUGCUGCAGCUAUGUUUUCUGUCAGCUUGUCUUCUCUGUUUGGCUAUCAUUGUUGGCUAGUCAGCAAAAAUAAAUCUACAUUAGAGGCAUUCAGAAGUCCAGUAUUUCGACAUGGAACAGAUAAGAAUGGAUUCAGCUUGGGUUUCAGUAAAAACAUGCGACAAGUUUUUGGUGAUGAGAAGAAGUACUGGUUGCUACCCAUUUUUUCAAGUCUAGGUGAUGGCUGCUCCUUUCCAACUUGCCUUGUUAACCAGGAUCCUGAACAACCAUCUACUCCCGCAGGGCUGAGUUCCACAGCUAAAAAUUCCGAAAACCAUCAGUUUCCUGCAAAGCCAUUGAGAGAGUCCCAGAGUCACCUUCUUACUGAUUCUCAGUCUUGGACGGAGAGCAGCACAAACCCAGGAAAAUGCAAAGCAGGUAUGAGCAAUCCUGCGUUAACCAUGGAGAAUGAGACUUAACUCUUCAAGCAAGAUAAAUUCAUACUUUACAAAAGUAUCAAUGCUGUAGAUGAUGGAAGAGGCUUCCCACAGGAAGGUGCCACUGGUCAGUUAUGCCUAUAUCCCUUUGGCUGGAAAUGCAGAAUAUGAAUUGAUCAGUUAUCUCCAAGCCAUUGCUUAAAAUAUAACAUGUUUUGGACCCAAUACACACAUUGUUACAACUAAUACAAAUUCCUAUUAAAUAUUAAAAGUAGUUCUGGUUUAUUAAUCAACAGGGAAAACAUCUUCUCCGAAAAACUUGGAAUAAAUUCAAGGACCAGUUUUUACCCAAAUACAUGGGUAGCACAGUUUAUGACAUAGAAAGUCCAUUAAUGAUCUGAUCUUCUGAAUCUGAAAAUGGAGACUAUUAAGAUAUUAAGAUUUCAGAGAUUUCAAGUCACAUAAUGAUAAGCGUUAUUCAUAAAACUUACCUUUAAGAAGGUGGAAGUGGCAAAGCAUACUUCUUUUUGUUCCUCUGGUGUGAAUCCAGCCUCAGACUGAGUGAACUGUGAUAAUUAUGAAAAUUCAUUACAGAGUCCAGGUGGCCUGCAGUUGAAGAUCUUCAGCCAUUUUUGCCUCAGUUAAAUCCAGCCCUCGUUUUCUGCUGGAAAAUGUGUGGACAUUGAAGCUUGAGCUCCCUCUUAAAGCAGUUGGCUGGAAUACUUUUGUCAGAAUACAGUACAUUUCUAUUACAUCAGAAAUAUAUUUUCAUCUCUUCUAAUCUUCUUAAAUUGGGAAAUUUACAAUAGCAAUUAUGAAGAUUGUUUUAUGACAUUCUUUUGUCAGUUUGGCUUUUUAAAAAUCUCUUUUUAGAUUAUUUCUCCUGUUGAAUAUAGUAAAAAUAUUGAAUUUCUCUUAAGAAUUCCUAAUAGGUCAAUAGAUUUACCCUCCAGUUAUAUCUGUAUUAUUUGUUUCUCAUCUCAACAAAAUUAUGACAGGUAAACUAUAUUUUUCCUUAAACACCUAUUAUGAUUAAAUUAUGCAAAUCAUCAAAUAAAAAUCAUACAACUUUUGGAAAGUUAGUUCAACGUGAACUAAAAUGGAUGCUGUUUGGAAAUUUAGUUUGAGAUAAACUAAAAUGGUGUGUUUGUUGAUGCCAGAAUGUUCAGCUUCAGUCAAUAUUAAUAAGCUCUUGUGCCUUGUAUGCACUAUUUUUAAAAAGUUUUCUUGAGUCCAGUAUAAUUUAUGUAAAUGUUAACAAUUAGAAUAAUACUCUGUAUGUUUUUUUGGUACUGAUUUUGAGAAUUUAAAGCAGAUUACCUUUUAAAACUGGACCAACUAAGUAAUUGGUAUUUAAUCCAAGAGAAAAUGGUGAUAAACUUUUCAAAAUCUUUGUUAAACCAAACAUUCAACACAAAAUAAACUAGAAGGCCAGAGGAUAAUGGAAUAAAGGAUCAUUGCAAUUACUUAUCCUUCCUAAAAGUAUAGUUUUAUAUUAAUUGUGCUUAUGGAGGAAACAAUGUCAGCCAAGUCCAUUUUAUAGUCAGAGUACAAUUCUUUGAACAGUAGAAAAAUCUGCAGUCUUUUACAGAUUUGUUUUAAGCUAACGAGUUUCAUCUGACAAUCUGCUUCAAGAAAUCUCAGAAAAUAUGAUAACAUUUUAACUUUCAUUUUAGAGCACGUUUUGGUCGUUUAAAAAAAUACCUGAAGUGCCAGACUGGAACCUAUAGCUACUGCUAGAAGUCUUAAAACCAACAGCAGCACAGGAUGUAUUAAGAAUUAUAUGAAGUCAGGUUUUUUUUUCAAAGCACAGUACUAUUAGCUGUUUUGGUGGACAGGAUUCGAUUAAGUAUUCCCUCUUGUCAAACUGGAAGCUAGGGGAAAAAGAGGGAUUUUUAUCCUUUACUCUGCUAGAGUACUGUUACGCCCCUUUCCCCCAGUCUUUUCUACAAUUAAAUAUAUGUCAAUGCACAUUAGAAUCAGAUUUGAAAAAGUUAAAACAAUUUCAUUGUUGUAAUUGUUCCCUUUCUGUUUUCAUACAGUGAAUAACCUUUAAAGGGUUGUUUUGUUUUGUUUUGAAUUAUAGGAGUUAUAAUUUUUGGAGAUGCUUGCAUAUCUUAUUAGAUAUGCAAUAUAAAUUUAUCUGAGAGAACAAAGUGCUAAAUAAAUAGAUCUACAUUUUGUACAUAUUUAUAUAAAAUUUACCUUUAAGUAUUUGCUUUAAAAAAUUUAAUGGCUUAACUCGAACUUGAAGACACAUACUUCAACUGUCCUUAUUGUCCAUUAAACUGAUAAUUUUUAUUUUUCUUGUUUUUAUAGAUUUUACUAUAUAGGAAUCAAGAUUUAAGAAAUUUUGCAUUAAAAAUAAUGUACCAAUGCUUCAUAUACAUUAGUUAUCUGCUAUUAUGUAAGGAAGAGGAUUGUUAUUUCAAAGAUAUAUUAACUGUUGCAUCUGAAUACAAUCAUGAUGCAUUCAAGGAAGUUCAUAUCCAUGAAUUCACUCCUAAUAUACCCUAAUAAAGUGGUUGAUCACCUUCAUUACCUGUCUAUAAGAAAUUGCCUUUGCACUGACAAUAUAAAUUAUUUUAAGCAUACAUUUUCCUAAUAGUUUAUUAGAGCUACUAAUGGCAAAAUUCAUGUCUUCAGUGUGGUCAUAACAUAGGUCUUUGGGGGAGGGGUAGUGAGAAGAUAAGGUGUUUACUUCGUAGUAGUUCAGUGAUUCUGAGGACAAUUAGACUAUAAAACUCAAGUACACUGUAAUCAAUAGACAACUAUUGGAAAUAUGGCAUACGUUGACCAAAAAAACUAGGGAAAUCAAAGAUAUAAAUCAUAUUUAUAAAAAAUUAGGCACGUAAUCGUGAUUCAUGCUUCAGGAAAACAUGAAAAACGUGUUACUCCAUUAUGUUAUAAACUAGCAGAUUUUCCCUAUUUUGAAAUACAUGUAAACUUGCUCGGCUGAUUCUGAACUGUAUCCUUUAGUAUAUACUUAUAUUGUCAGAUACUUGUUUGUAAAAGUGAUGGUUCUGAUACCUUUGAUCAAACAUAGAUACAAACCUCAGAAAAUGGUAAAUGCAAAGCAGUUUACAUUGUAAAUCAUGAUGAAGGUAUACUCCAGCACAACCAUCCCACCCACACAGUCAGACUACAGAUUCUGAUCUGCAAAUAUUUUGACCAAAGUGACAUUUCAACAAGUGGAUUUUUCACAAAUAACACGUUUAGUAUCUUUCUGCAGAAACGUGUUCUUCCUAAGCAGAAGAGCACCCGGCUUAAUCCCAAAUGUUUUAUGCUUCUUUUCCACAUACUUAGCCAGUUCAGCACCGAUUUCCUCUUACAUGUGGAAGGAGACUAUGUUACACACCUGAAGUAUUUGUUACUCUUUUACAAAGAUACCACUAGGAUUUUCUCACUUUGUCUUGGUAAAAAUUGCUAGAUUCUACUUUUUAUUGUGAGUUUUAGCAAUUUGAUCUUGUAAUGCCAUGAAAAGCAUUAAGUAGAAGCCAACAUGAACCUAGAUUUUACAACUGAGCAAUCUGUUCCCCCCCAGAUUUCCUCUGGAAUUUAUUAUCCAAGGAUCUUACUGUGUUACAGAACACAGGAAAUUGUAUUAUACUUUAUAAUGUUGCAAACCAUGCAUUUUCCUUUUCUCUUUUCCAUAAGAUUUAUUUUUUUUUAUUAUGGUAGUGCCCUGGGUUGUAAACAGUGGACAUCACCAAAAGGAUGAAAUCAAGUAGGCUUGUUUCAAAGAAACUCCUGUGAAUCAAGAACUAUGAACAUGAAGUAUCUCCUAGAAUAAUGUUCAGUGUUGCAGGAGACUCUGAAACAGGGCACCCAUUUCUUUUUCCUUCCUCAAAUAGUCCCCUUGAAAUGUGAGCAAACAACUACGAUGAUGCAGUCCAGGUAUCUAAUAGCUCAAUCACCAACACCCUCUGAGAAUUGUUCCUAUACCAGCAAAAAGUUCAAAUACAAUAAUCUGGGCAAUGCCAAUAGAAGACACUUAAUCAUUUGCAGACCUUUCUUGUUGCAGGAAAGUGACGGCAAAAAACAAACUGGUGAAAAAUGUUCAAAAAUAGAUCUUUUUGAUGUUCUUGUUCAUAGCCAGCAUUCAGUAUUUCUGUAUUGUUUACAUUUGGGGGAAAAUGUGUGUUAAGACUAAUCUUCUGAGUGGUUUGAGUACCAAUUAAACCAAAGGGAAACUUGUUAUAAGUUAUUUUAAGCCCUGGUUUAUGGCUAGUUCCCUAUUGCUCAGGAAAAAUACUACUACUUUAUGGUUUAUGAAAACAACCUAUGAUUUAUGUUGCAUCUUCCAGGUAAGGUUUAACAGUACCAGGAGCUGAAUCCUACCUGAAAUUAUUAAUACUUAAUAGCUUCUGUUUGAUGGAUAAAGGUGCUUAAUUGAAAAAAAAAAA